CUGAAGGAUCCGCAAAGGGUUACUUUUCCGCUUCUAAAUAGGAGGAGGCUACUUCUGGGAACAGAUUGAAACCAGUCCCCUUUUCCAGUCAACUGCGCAACAAACAAUCAACCUAAUUGUGUCGGGUGGCUUUUUCUUCUCCCAUAAACACAACCAGUCCACAGGAGCAGGCAGGAUGUCGCUGACCAUGACCAAGAGUGAUGGGGUCACUGUAUUCACUAUGACCUCUGACCCCAAAAGUCCAUGGCCUCCCCUGUGCCAAAUCCUCAAGAGCCUUUGUUGCAGCCCUGUGUGCUGCUCUGUGUCUCAGCACCUGAAGAAGGUCCAGACGUCUCAGUUAGUACUGGGGGCUCUGCAGAUUAUGGUCGGGUUGCUCAACAUUGGCUUUGGGGUGAUCGUCGUUAGCAGUCUUGGUGGCCCUUGGUGGUUUAUGAAUGAAAACCUGUUUCCUGUUUGGUUCGGAGUAUUGUUUAUGUUAUUUGGCACCCUGAGCAUUUUGUCUGAGAAGUAUCCCAGCCCAUGUCUGGUCACCGUCAGUGUGGUUCUGAAUCUAGCAGGAGUUGCUUUUGCCAUUACAGCCAUCGUACUCUACAGCAUCAAUGUGGCAAACAUCUAUUUGUGGUGGUUGUGUAAUCAAGACUAUUAUUAUGGCUACACUACCCCAAGUCCAUCUUCUAAGGAGAAGGCCCUGAUGGAGGGCUGCUUGGCGAGCAAAGCAAUGGUUCUGAUGCUUAUAAGAAGCAUCAGUGCUGUGCUGAUUGUCCUGUCAGCCCUGGAGCUCUGCCUCGUCAUCAGCUCGGCUGUCUUGGGGAUCAAGGCUCUGAGGAGCAGUGAGAAGACAGAAAACAAGAGCAUCGAUGACCCAGAACUCUACAAACCACUGCUGGAGGAAGUCACCAUUAACCCUACAGCCUGAAUGAAACUCUCUCUCUGCUUUGUGAUAUUAGAUACCAGGAACUAUAAUCCUGUGCAUUUAUACCAUUGACUAUAUGUACUGUAACGUCAAUGAUUUACACACAUUCUGCUGGUAGGGUCUAACUUCUGGUCUUUUCCUACAAGGAUUGCUUAAAAGUAUUAGCACGUUUAUAUUGUAUAUGCUGCUGUCUACUUCAUUCUGGGUUGUUAGUGAUUUUCUAUCUAGCAAUGUGCCUUAUGUUUGUAGGUAAAAGUGAGGUUUAUUUGCAUGUCUGUGACAUUGAUUGACUGUUUGCUAUAUUACAAUAUUAAAGGCAUCUGAAGAUAUAUUAAAGUAUAGCUCUGUCUACAAAUAGGAAAGAUUACUAUAGUAAGCUUUUUUGCAUAUUCAUUUUCUUCAUUUGUAUUGGCACCCUGCAUUGGCACUUGGGUAGGACGCGGUUAGAAGUAGGCUAAGUGCACUCGCUUGUUCACCUCACUUGGCUGGAGUGAUUUUGGGGGGUAGGGUGAGAUCUUGAGUAAAAUUUUCUGUUGACCACAUUUUUUAUCUACAGUGGUGCAUUUGUGUUGUCUGGUGCUGUUGCGUUUUCUUUGCAUGGAUGUAUGAAAACCACAGUUAAGUGGAACCGUUGUGCAUCGCUGUGAGAUGGAAAAUAAAUGGGAUAAAUGGUGUGUGCGAAA